AUCAUCUUUGUCCUAUCGCUCCCAACUUUUUCUUCUCUAGAUCUGCAUAUUCCUCCUCUCACUAUUCACUCUCAAGGCAGACCGCAGCCAUGGAUGAUCUCUUCAACCAUUUCACCUUCCUCUCCGACCAAUCCCUCCACGACAAGAACUUCGACCCGGCCACAAUUGAGGAACUAAUGAGGCUCUUCGAGGUCGAGGCCUACAAGUCGUGGGCGGUCGCGGAGUUCGACUUCCUGGCCGAGGCCGAGGCAGCCGAGGCCGAGGUGGACCAGGCUGAGGCCUACCUUGACUCGGCCAUGGAGGAUGCGAUGGAGGAGAUGCGGCGGUUCGAGGAGGAGAUGGACCAGAUGGCGAAGAAGGAGAUGAACAGCUUACUGGAGACGGCGGAGAAGGCCAGGCGGAUGGGGAACAUGAUGGAGAAGGUGGCCACGGCGGCCGCCAAGAAGUACAUUGAGGCUGCGGUCAACUCGGCCACUGCUUCCAUGAAGACUGCUUGGAAGGGGAUUUCAUCUCACAAGGUUCAUCCUUCUUGAGAUAGGGAGAUCUGGUCGUGCUGAGAAUGUAGUGGUGGAGGAUGAUUCAAUGUCCAUGGUGCCUGGUGGGUCUACUUCUGGCGUCAAUUGUACUUUUGCCACUUUGCUUGAGGCCUUAAAGGCCAAUUUCAAAUAAUAUAUGGAUCAAUUGCUGGUAUCUUCCAAGUUAAUUUGCACCUUCACCAUGUUCAAGAGAAUAGGUUUAUCUUUUGGGAAGAUUUGUGAAA